GUUUCCAGGGAGGGCCCGCCCCUCCCCUCACCUCCCUUUCCCUCCCCGGAGCGUCGCCGCGGCCCGCAGCCCUCGCGGGUGGCUCCGGGCCUGGCGGGGGCGCAGGGACGCGCCCCCCGCCCGGGGCCUGCCGCGGGGGCCGGAUAAAGCGGGGGCCGUCGGCCGCCCGCCUCCACAGGCGCGGCCAGCCCCGGGCGGGACUAGACGGGCCGGGCCCGGCAGGGGCGAGGGGCGUCGGCAGCCCGCCUCGGCGGUGGGCCGCCAUGGCGAGCCCCGCACGCCUGCAGCAGGACUUGGCGGCCCCUUCGGACGAGCAGCAGCCCCGAAGCUCGGCGCCGUCGCUGCCCCGCGACGCCUGGGGGAGCGGCGCGGUGGCGAAGCGGGAGCCGGCGGAGGAGCGGCGCGGCGCCUCCCCCCCGCGGGCGGAGGGGCGGCUUCUGCUGGAGCUCCGCCGCUGCGGACAGUCGCUGUCCUCCGGCCCCGGGUUGCAACAGGAGGAGGAGGAGGAGGCGGCGGGCGAGGACUGUUGCACCAAGUGCAAGAAGCGUGUGCAGUUCGCGGACUCGCUGGGGCUGAACCUUGCCAGCGUGAAGCACUUCAGCGCCGCCGAGGAGCCGCAAGUGCCGCCCGCCGUGCUGUCCCGCUUGCAGAGCCUGCCCUUGGAGGAGCAGGACUUGCGGGAGCUCAGCGCCGCCGUGGGGCUGCCGUGCGGGGCCUGCCAGCUGCCCGCCCUGUGCCUGGUGCCGGACUUCCCCGCCGACGAGGCGCCCAGCGACGAGCGGCUGCGGCUGCAGCGCGUCUGCCUGGAGCAGCUGCAGCUGCCCGCGGCGCCCACCGACGUGCGGGGCACGGUGCAGGUGCUGCCCUGCCCCGGCCGCAAGGAGGUGACGGUGCGCUACACCUUCAACGAGUGGCUCUCCUUCAUGGACGCCCCGGCCGUGCCCCUGCACCCUGCCCCGGCGGGGACCGACCCGCUGGCCGAGCGCUACAGCUUCGCCCUGAUCGUCCCGCCGAGCCUGCAGGAGGGCUCGGCGCUGCACUUCGCCAUUUGCUACCGCAGCCAGCAAGGCGAGUACUGGGACAACAACGGGGGCCGCAACUACACGCUGCGGUGCUGCAGCUCCCCCGGGGGAUGCCCUGCACCGCCCGGCACAGACGGCGGCCCGGGGACGGCCACCCCCCGCUCUGUUGAGCCCAGCCAGGGGAAGGAGCUGUGAAUAGCCAGCAAUACCCCGCCUCGACGGCUGACCUGCCCGGGGAGCCGGCGGCUGCCGCCCCCGCGGUCUGCACAGCCCCGCAGCAAGCCUGGGCGGAGGCACGGGAGGCCUGCCCGGCCGGAGGGCUGCUAGCCCCGCGUCGUGCGGCAAGCCGGGCCGGAGGAGGCGGCCCGCAGCCCCCUGGCACCCCGGAGGCAAACGCCUGCCCCGCUCGGAGCGGCUCGCCGCCACGGCUGUCAGUCAAACGGGUAGCUGCGCGCCGUCCCCGACGGGGACACCUUGCUCGCCGUUGCCAGCGCUGCCUUUGGAAAAUAGCUUGUGCUGUUGGCCUUUAUUUAAGAAAAAAAAUUACCUGCGCCGUCCCGCGGGGCUUCUCGGCGUGAGGCUUGCGGCGGGCGCGUGCGGAGCCGUUGGUGGCCGUUGGCUCGCGGCGCGGGAAGUCCAACGGACGUGGGGGGAGGGGCGGCGGGGCAGCCCGCGGCGACGCCGCGCAGGGGGACGCGCCCUCCCCAGGGAGGUAUGGGUUAAAAAGGGAUAAAAAGGGUUGUGUUCCCGCGGGCGAGGACGGUGCCUGGAAACAGGGAAAGCGAAAGUAGAACUUUCUGAAGUCAGUCUUGUGAGGGCGAUGCGCAAAACGCUGAAGUAUCUGUCACUGAUAACAGCCGAGUCUCUCGUCUUCUUUUUCUUUUUUUUUUAAAUGGGCACAUAGGUUUGGCCAGCGCAACAGGGGUGUGUAAUUGACUCGUAUUGCUGUGGCUCGCGAAAAUGUUUUCUUUUUUUGGAGAGAACAAGGGGACUAAGUAGUGUGGGUUUUUUCUUUUCUCUCUCGAAGUGAACUUUUGAGUUGUCGAGUUGUUGAAUUUUUGAGUCACGAGUUGUGUUUAACUUCACUUAGCUGAUUAGUCAGUGAGAUGCACAAAGCACUUGAGGUGAAACACGAAGUAUUCGCUACAGAUUUGAGUUAGGAUUUUCCUGUUUUCACAUCUGUUUCAAAGACAGUAAUAUGACAGAAAUAUGUCUUUUUUAAUUUAAUGCAAUCUGUAACAAUAUGAUCCACUAUUCUGAGCAUUUUAUUUUUUGCUUGAGCGUCCUUGUCCCGUCUUUGCUGUGCUUGUGACGGCUCCGAAGGACGGAAAGUCUGUUUUUUUGCCAUUUAGCGCCCUUUGAUGCAGUUCCCACCUUCCGCAGUCCUGUGGCGUCCCUGUAUGCGUCUGGCUAAUGGCAGCUAACUGCGAUUUCUGCCAGCCUUGCCCAGCGCACACGUGUAACACACACACACACACACAAUAUCUAGUGAUUUAAACUUUUUAUUUCUAUCCCCUUCUAAUUUGCAUGAGAAACAUUUUUUUCCUAAAAAUAGACUGUUUGCUUAUUUUUGCACAACUGACAAGCCCAAAUCUGGCGCUGAAGAGGAGUUAAUGUAUUUGCUGAAGCUGAGUCUAUUAGAACUUCAGUGACACCUUUGAGUAAAGAACAAAGUACUGUAAAGUAAAAGCUGGUGCCUAUAUCACAUAGUAAAUAUCCAUCAUAAUUGUGCUCACACAUUUCUAUAUUUUCAUAUUGUUUGGGGAGAGGUGACUGAGUGGGAUGACCUUCUCUCUGAGGAAUGACUGUGAUACAUAGAAGGUACCCUCACUAAUGAGUGAAAACAAAUGCUUUAGUUCAACUCUCCUUAUGUUACAUUUUGCACUUGUCAAGAUUUUAUAAUUUAGCUUAUUUGGAAAGUUCUGUUAUGAGCUUAUUUUGCUGCAUCUUUCAUAACACAUGUUCUUAAGAGUGUGGUGUCUGAGUCUGUGGCAUUACAUGUUUUAGUGGCAAGAGGAAGGUAACUUUUUCAGUAUUUCUGUGUUAUUGGGAGAGGAGUUUCUGUGCACACAGUUGGACACAUAACUGAUUAUUUACAGUCCUCCCGUCUGUUCUUGCAUUACACACCAAGAGGUUAAAUACUAGUGGAGUCCCAAGUCCAAAAACCCAUUGAAAAGUACCAAUAAGAAUGGGUUUGUAAGAAUAAAAAGCUAAAAAAGCUUUAAAAAGCUAAAAAGCACACUGAUACAAAUCUUCUGCAUCUUCCAUAUAGCAAAAUGCAACUGGAUACUUUUUGAUUUCACAACCAGGUUGUGUCCCUGCUCUAACAUGUUGAAGUGCAUCUCUUCAUAUGUGGAGUGCAGAGGGAGGGCAAAUUGUUAGUGUGUCUCACUGCAGUGAUGAAUGUUGCAAGUCCAUAAGCAGCAUUUAGGGCUGUAACUGAAACUGCUUGUGGUUGUGUCAGAGCUGCAAGGCAGAUUGUGCCAGAAGUACGUUAUGGCCCACUAUGCUCUUGUAGCAGGCAUUUUGUGCUUUGGUGUGUAGGGAGCUUUAUUAGCACAUGUGGACAAUAGGUUGGAUUCAGCAGAAUUGUAAUGGUUUUUCUACAGCUUGAAUCUGCUUGCGUUGUUCUGGUACAAUAUCUCAAAAUUCAGGCUAGUUUUGUGUGUGGAAAAAAUAAGUAGACAGUGAGACAUUACCAUAAGGCAGCAAAAGUUUUGACCUUUGGAUGCAUAUUCUUCAGAAAGACCUUGAAAGAUUAUCUUCCUUUUAAAAACAGAGCAUACUGUGUGUUUUCUUAGGUCCUCAUUUUCCCUAAAAAUCUAAAUGUUUUAAAGCCCAUUAUGAAAACAAUUUGCAUCUCUAUGAAAUAGCCCCUACUUGAAAGUAAGUCUUUAGAUAACCUCUCUUCAGAGAGCUGGUACAAAAUCAGAGACGGAAGCAGUGGACUUAAUAGGGAAAAUAUGGGAAGUGGAGAGAGCUUCAGGUUAAAGUUCCUGAAAUAUUACUUGUACAUGCACUGCUUCUAAAACACAGACUGCUCUGCUCCCUCUUCCCCCUCCUUCUUGCUAACCCCCCCUCCCAUAACCCAUAGAUUAUAGCAUGAAGAUAUGGCCAAAGUAAAAGCUCUAUGCAUGUAAACAGAAAUAAUAUUUGCUGUUGCUUUCCAAGUUACUUGUAAAAUCUCCAAAAGCAUGAAAGUGUCCCAUUGUUUUAAGGGACAAUAGAGAACUCUACUAUUUCCGUACACGUUUGUUUUAAAACUAUCAUGCACUACAGUGUAAUACUACAGGAUAUUACAUGAAACAAUCUGGUAUGACUUAACGUUUUUCUCAGACAGAGUGAUGCAAUAGUGUGCUCUUACAGCUGAUAAGUGAUGCUAAAGGUGUGAAGAGUCUCAAUUUACUAUGUAGUAGUUUGGACAACUGCAGCCCAUUUGUUACUCUAUGUUUUGUUUAUUACGUGUUGCAAAAAAGAAGGAAAUUUCACAAAAAGAUAGUGGGUAGGGAGAAGGAUCUCUCCUUAAACAGCAUAUAAAGCACCAGUCAUGUGCUUUAAUGAUGCUUUCUGAUGUCUGUGUAUGGGGCAGGGAGGGGUACAGAACUGGUGCACGGGAGAAUCAUGGCUAGCCAAGCUUAUUUAUAGAGGGCUAGAAACAUCCUCUGGUAUGCCGUAAACUAUGGACCAUGGAUGUAAAACAUCCCCAUUCAGAAAAUAAAACAUUUGUGUGAUUUCUUCAGCCCUGUGAUCUGAAAUGCAAAAGACAAAGAGCAUUUGCUGAAACUAAACAGCAAAACAUUUCUGAGUACUUCAAAAAACUGGUGUGGAUCUAAAACCCUGCAAAUUGUCAUAAUUAAAGCACAACAUUUUUGUGCUUUGUUAACAAGAAAAAUGGUUUUUUUAAUACUAAGAAUCACUUUUUCUGAAAGAAAAAUAAGAUCAUUUCUCAUAUAAGAAUCAAGCAUAUUCACUUUUUAAUAGAGAGUGAUUUUUGUAUUUUCAGAUUUUAUAUAAGAACAGAUUUCCAAAGCAGUUUUCAAAGACUUCCUCUAUUCUUAUAGAUGAGGUAACUCGGAGCUGUAGAAAUGCAGACCCUUACCAAAGAUUACAUUACAUGGGACAUCAGUGUCAAAAUCAGAAAAUGUGUGUAUUGAAUGCUAGGAACAGCAUAAACAGAACAAGGGACUGCUGCUGUUGGUAUUAGGUUUAGAUUGAUUGUCUAUAACUUUAUUUUCAAAGAAAUUAUUAAAAAUGAAGUAUUUAUAAAUCCAUAAAUUCAGAAGGCCCCAAAGAGUAAAAUGUUAAGUGGAAUACUCUUUUUGUUUGAUUGCAUUAUUGUUAAUCUAAUAUUUUGUAAAGAUUCAGUGCAUGUCUUUUGGUGUAUGUGCUCACAACCCACCACCCUCCUACCUCCCAAACUUAAGAAAUAAGAAGUGAUAAAGAUUUGUUAGCACUCUUGGAAAAACUCCAGCUCUGCAGAUUUUCAGUUCAUGCAGAUUUCUCUUAUUUCUCUGGACUAAAGUUUCUAAGGGUUUAUGGGAGAAACAGCAACCAAGGAUUUUAUAGGUGCCUAUAAAAACAAAAAGUUAAAUAUAUUUGAAUCUCUGUAUUUGGUAACUGUAAAGGAGACCAAAAUUAAAUUUUACUUAAGCAAUUUUUUGCAGCUUAUAUUUAAAUUCAUAUUUUUUUUUUAGUUGAUCAAGAGCAUGUGAUUUCAGAAAAGGACCGUGGACUUAAAUUUAGUUUGGUGUCAUUAAGAACUACAAACUUGCAUGCAAACUACUCCUGCUUUAUUUAAAGCCUAGUCUUUCAGUCAGAACUUGAAAAGGCUGGUUUUUGCUCCCAUUGACUUCCCUGGGAUCUGGAUCCAGCCCAAAGUAUUGCAUUAAGGUAGGGGACAUGAUCUAGGUUUCAUUGUCUGUCCUGUUCAGAGACUUUUGUUGGCAGGUUAUGAUAACAUGGCACCGUGAUGCAUGUUCAUCUGUCACGUUUUAAAAUCUGCUGUCUAUUCUUGUUACUAAUUAAGUCAUCUUAAUUGUUUUUUCUUUUUUCUUUUUUCUUUUUUUUUUGGAGAGAGAGAGAACAUUACUUGCCUUGGAUUAGAAUAUCUGUGUAAACUGCAGAGUUCUUCGAAAAUGCAUAGUGUAUGUGAAACAGGUUUGACAGUUCCUAAUUUUUUUCCUCUUAUAACAGUAGAAAACAGUGUGGGAAGAAUAUUGGUUUAUCUCUUUUUUUGCUUCCACAUUAAGGGCUCAUGCACUAUUCUUUACAUUUUAAAAUACUGACAAGAAUGUAAACUCUCAGUAAAAGGACUCCACACCUUCAUCUUUUUUUGUAAAGGGCAUGAAGCAAAACAUUCCUAAGCAUAUGAAAUAAUUUUGCCAGUGUUAAGAACCAGUGGAAGAAGCAAACAUUAUACUGCUGACUUAAAUAAUGCUAGGAUUUCACUGUAGAUCCUUAUGGAAAGCACAGGAAAACAUUUAGUGCAUAGUUAUGUAUAUGUGGUCCUUGCUGGACAUCUAGAGAUGCUUUUACAUUGCAUUACAGGAAGUAAGUUAAGGAGCUGGUGUUUUUUUUCAUAAAAUUAUUCUUUUCUGUUGAUGCUAGAAGGCAAAAGUAAUGCUUUUAAUGCUUAGAAACUUGGGGAAGCUUUAUAUAGAAAUACCUUUUCAGAAAUGUAAGUAGUGAAAUCCUUCCUGGCCUAUUUCAAUAUUGUAUGUAAAACGGUCACAUGCUACUCUCCUGGGUUGCUUUCCUUCUUUCCUUCUUUGCUGUUUUACUGCUUUACUGUUUCUCUGAUACAUCUAUGCCUUCUGAAAUUUAGCUUUUGAUUGCAGUAAUAUCUAGUCAGAAGUCAUAACACACUAGAAGUGCCUAUCCUUUAAACAGUUACUCAUGUGAAGUGAAUUGUUCUUUUUUUCUUUCAGACAGCUUUUUCCAAGUUUAUACUGUAAAACUCAUGAUGAACUUUGGUUUAUGUAAACAGUCAAAUUUGGGUGCAUAUUGCUAAAGCAAAUAUUUUGCUGAAAUUCUAAGAUCAGGGACAGAUGAACAUUUUUAAUACAAUAUUACAAAGAAAGCAAGUUUUCAUAAAACUUAUUGCAGUCUUAGUAAAGAUAUUUAUUGAGCUCUCUUCUAUUAUGAAGAGAUAUACCUUUUAUAAUAGUUGACAAUGUACAUAAAUGAUGGGAUCAUUCUUUUGUGUUUUACCUAUUCUUGUUGUUUACACUGCUUUGAGAAAAAUCCCAUGAAGUUACUGACAGAGUGCCAGGAGAGAGACUUAAUGCGCAUUGCAAUGUAAACUGAACUGGUGAACAACACAAGAGCUAUUAAGUUAGACCAAAGUGCCAUCUCUCCAGUAUGCUGUCUCCAUCAGUGAUGAUAAGCAGAUGCCUAGCAAUGAAUAAGAAUAGGACACAUGAAUAUGAACAUGAUCCUAAUGUCGUCCCAGCCUACAACUGUUUUUUGCUCUGGACUUCUUAAGGCAGAUAUGGUUUCUAAGUAUUUUCCUUCUAUAGUCUGAAGGAUUUCAUUUAUAAAGCAUUUGAUAAACUAUGCUUUUUAUACAGAACUGGGUAUAUUAAAAUAAAAAAAAUACAUAAAAUGGACAUUAGGCAAGGAGUAUCUUCCUAGGUAUCUUCAGUCAAAUACAACAGAUCUGCACGUGAAUCACUAACACUAAUGGAAGGUGCACUUACAUUUGUGUUGAAGAAAAGAAAUGUGUUGGUUUGUCAAAGACACUGUUGGAGUGGACAUCUAAAAUGCACUGAUCAUGUGGGGUUUGAGUAUUAACCACUCUAAUGCCAUUGCUAGCUUUGCACUUUUGCUUACAGGUUAGAUGAUAGUAUUACAUGGGCUUUUGGUCCUUGACAGCUGAAGUUUUCAUAAGUUUCUUCUAAUAAGUAAUAUACAAGUACUGGAUGGUAAGCUGAUAGUUAAUUUGGAAUGAGAAUUUAAUCCUCAACUAAGAAAGUGAGCUGUCUUAACCUACUCUGCACUACAGACUGGGGAGAGAGGGAAAUUAAUUGCAGAAUACCCUGAAUUCUAUUUGUAUUUUCCUUGAUGGACCCUCCCAGGAGCAUAUAUCCUGAAAGCUACUAAUGUGCCUUUGCAGGUAAAACAGCUAAGGGAAUCUGAGUAGUAACCAUGAGACAGAAAAUAGAGGCAGAUGGCACUAAUAUUAGGAGUGCAGCAGUACUGUAUCUAUCACCAGAACUUAACAGCAGUAUUUUCGGGCAUUAUUGGAGAAGUAAUGCCCCUCAUACUUUUUAGGGGAUUAAAAAGAAACUGUUUGCGUUCAUAUUAUUACACACCUACGUUACAGUGUAUAACGUCAACAGCUGUGUUCUUGGUGGAAACUAAGCUAUAGAGAACUUGACAGAAAGGGGACUGGUAUUUUGAAAGAAAUGGUUAUGUAUUUAAAAGGGACUCUGUUUGAAAACAAACCCUUCAUUUUUGUUGUAAAUAUGGUGAAAACUUAAACAGUAAAAAUGUUACUGAUAGAGUUGUCCCUCUUUAUAAAUUAGGGUUAAUGCUACCUAUAAGGAUGUUUAUUUUGUUUCCUAGCAUACAUUACAUUCUCAGAUCCUGAACUGGUAUGCAGUGCUCGGUCCAGUAAUUAAGCUGUUUAAAGAAGGAAUUUGUAUGUACUGUUCUAUGGAGACUGAGUUUCUUAGGGUGUAAAACUGGCAGGCCUUCCAUGACUAUGUUCUCUAAAAAUGUAAGAUGUUAUUACAUUUCUUUGAUUCCACUGAAAAUAAUAAUUAAUUCCCACUAAAUAAUAUACCUUUCUUCUUCCGUGCUUUCACCAUAAACUUAAGUGCACUUAAUUAUCCAGUUUGAAUGUGGGACUUUUUAAAGCAGAAUCUCAUGUAUCUUACCUAUUAAGAUAAUUAAAUUCCAUUUUUAUAAGAUAGUCACUAACAUAAUUUACAUUGCAAUAUUUAGAUAUCUAAUACAAGGAGAACUAUUACUGUAUUUGCUUUUUAUUGAAAGUGAGAAUGGAGUCUGGUUUGUAGUCUCAGGUAGUCACAGUACCGUAUUCUGCACACUCUUCAUAUUGUUAAUGGAAUGCAUUAACAUUUCAAGAUAAUUGUACACAAUUAUAUAAAACACUUUAAAUACUAGAAGAACAGAUUUCCAGUUCUAGGUUAGACAUUACUUCUAUCUUCUGCUUUAAUAGUGUUAUCACACAGCACAAAGAAAAAACGGAAGGACUAAAUGAAGAUCAAUUUUGGGAAACAAGAAGAAAGGGACAUUUUUAAAGGCCACCAUGUCAUGGUACUAGUUUUGGGUUUCAUCUCUUAAAAAAAAAAAAACCCUCGCAAAACCCUCUUGCUGUACUGUACACUGUUAAAGAAGCCUUACACUGAUUUUUUUCUGCAAAUUUGUAACAGAAAACCAUGGAAACACAGCAGUGACCUGAAUAAAAGCUGAUUAAAAUUUUGCCUUUUUUUAAAAA